AUGGAUGGGAGCGAUGAGAAACGCAAAGGCAAUAUUGCAACAUCGUACAACUGCUCAUUUGGACCAGCUCGUACUCAAUGUGAUGACCAUACAUGUAAAAGUCUCGAGUUUUCGUGUGGAGACGGAGAAUGCAUUUGGAUACUUGCACGAUCUCCGUAUCAAAGGUUUCUUGAUUGGAAAGAGAACUGCUUUAAUUUACGAAACUUGAAUUAUCAGUGUGAGAUGGAUUUGACACAGCGCUUAUGGACAAAGACAAAUGGUGCUUGCACGAAUAAAGUCGGUUUUGAUGAUCUGAGCGUUAGCAUGAAAGAUACAACAAUGUCAGAUAUUGACAAAUGUAUCUAUUUAAUACGAUGUGCUCUUUCUCAAGGUAUUGAGCGUGACUGCCCAUGCGAUCACAUGAACUGUACUCAAGUCAUGGAGACUGUAUGUGUCGAUGAUGCAAGUUAUUUUUAUCCACGAGGUGGACUAAUUCGACCUUAUGUUUUCAUGCGCUAUCAAUGGAAGCGAGAUUGGAAAGAUGAAAAAGCACCUGAUUUCUUUGUAAUGAAUGGUAGCAUCAAAUGCCGAGAUUACCAAGGAUAUAUAGAUUUCAAAAACAAUUUUUCAGUUUCUAACCACUUUACACGUUGGAAUCGAUUUGAAUAUUCUUUUUGUGCAUCUGCUCGGAAAAACUCUACCUCAUCCAUUCAAUAUAAUGUGUCUUUGUUGUUCAAUUCUCGUACGUUCAACGGGCAACCAUACGCUUUCCUCGACAUAUGUGAAACAUGGGGACCGGGUAUUUCUCAAUAUCGCAUUAUGGAUCAGAUAUGGGAUUGUGGUGAUACUACGGAUGAAAAUAUCUCUUUUAUAAAUAUUACUUUGAAUGAAGCACCAUGUUGGAAACUUCGUAAGCAUCGAUUUCUAUGUUCGGAAGAGCAGUAUUCAUGCAUGCCCGCAGGAAACUUAGGAGACAAAGCCCAUUUUUGCACGAAUAGUUUCGAUGAGGAUUUGUAUGGAACCGAUCUUUCUCUCGCAGAUAUUCACUGUCUUCAUCGGGACGAUCUCAAUUGUCAGCUGCUGAAGGAUUAUAUCACAAGUUCUUGGAUUUACAAUUCCAGUCAUAACACAAGCUAUUCUACUGUGAUACCCUUUCGGGCAUACUGUGACGGGACAUGGGAUCUCUUCGGACAUACAGAUGAAUUGCCUUCAUUUUGUCAUUUUUGGGUUUGCCGUAAAGAUCAAUAUCAAUGCCAAACAGGUCAGUGCAUUGGUUUGGCAUGGGUCUGUGAUGGCGAAUGGGAUUGUUCAGAUGCGUCCGAUGAAGAAGCCAUUACUCUUUAUGAGCACAAUUGGUCGCCUCAUAAUAAAAAGCUAGUGAGUUUGAUAGACCGUAUCGCUAAUUGUCGCAAUCUGUCUUAUUCCCGACCGUUUCCGACUUUGUGUAAUCGUUCACACGAAUAUCCCUGUUAUUUGGCUAAUGUUAAAAAUCCCCUUGAUAUUGAUACCUUUCGACCAUGUAUUAAUUUAACACAGAUUGGUGAUUAUACGAAAAAUUGUGAAGGCGAUAUUGAUGAGAAAAAUACGUUUCGAGACCCACGUCGUGAUAUUAUGAUUGGAAUGGAGAUUAAUUGUGACAAUCGAUAUGUCAGCUAUUCUGAAGUUUGUACAGGAUCGAUCUGUCAGAAUGCAACUUUUUGUUCAUAUCGGAGCAAAAACUCUACUUGCUCGGGUCCGAAAGACGUACUUUGUCGUGAUGGAUCUUGUGCCUCUAACGCGCGCUGCAAUAAAAAACACGAGUGCCUUCCCUAUGGUGAAGAUGAAUACGGUUGCUCACCACAUUCUGACAGAGACGACCAAAGAUUCUACCGCAACAAAAAAAGCUCGCGACGAGUUCCUAUAAAAAAUGUGGAGUGGGGCUAUUAUCCAUACCCCAUCACCCCAGCAGCGCCAUUAAUUAAAACGGCCCGUGUUCAGCUAUCAAACGACGUGAGAGAAAAUCCAGAAAUAUCUUAUGUAUGCAAUCGUGGAGUGGCUGUUUUCAGAAACGAUACCACACAGUGCUUAUGUCCACCUACGUAUUACGGUGAACGCUGUGAAUUCUUUAGUGAUCGUCUAUCUAUAAUCACACACGUUGAUCAGUCACCAGAAGAUGUAAUAAGUAUUCAAGCACGUCUUGUCUUCAAUGGUAACACUGUCGAUCAUUAUGAAUUCUACUACAAUAGAGCAUUGGGAAUUGCCAAACAAAAAUUUCACCUACUCUAUUCUCGAUCGGAAGAAAUGUUGAAAUAUGGCAAGAAUCGUUACUUCAAUCAAACCGAUAUCGAGCGAACGCAUCCAUACGCUGUUCACUUCGAUAUUUACGGAUCCCAUAAUAAUUACUCGGUGAAUGAGAUGGGUUCUUUUCAUUUUCCUAUUUAUUUUGAUUUCUUGCCCUCCCAUCGCUUGGCCGCUAUACUGAAGUUUCCACUGUGGUAUGGGAAUGGAUCAUUAGAUCCAUGUUUUAAACAUUCUCAAUGUCCAAUGAAUGCUGUAUGCAAACCUAUUCUCAAUAACUACCCAACAGUUUAUUGUACUUGUAACCGUGGUUUCUUUGGAUUAAAUUGUGAGAAUAAUGAACCGAAAUGUGACACUUAUUGUUCAUUGAAGUCUCUUUGCAAACCGGAAUAUCGCGGACAAUUGGCAAACACGAAUAAUCCAUUCUGCAUGUGCCCAUAUCAUCAUUUCGGACCUCGGUGUCAUUUGCAUCACGACGCAUGCGAUCCGAAUCCAUGUACUAACAAUGGAACUUGCUAUUUGACCAACGAUCGCAGUGGUAAGCAACCUUUUCACUGUCUUUGCACUCAGCACUACUACGGUGAUCGAUGUGAAGACAAGAGAUCGGUCAUUCGAGUCGAGCUUGACGUACCUAUGGCAGUUCAAGCCUCAGUCAUUCAGUUAUACAAUGUUGUGGAUAGCUCGUUUGAACUUAUUAUUGAAUAUCAAGCAGCUGCGCUAUGGGUUCCGCUGUCGUUUGAAUAUCGUUACGAGGGUCAAUUUCCUCCAGUUCUUGGAAUUUUGAAGACAUAUUCCGACAGUUUCUCGAAUCCACAGUUAUUUCUUCUCUAUUCGCAACCGAACGCUCAGAUCAUUAAUAUUAGUUCGAUGCCUCAUCGAUGUCCAAAUGCUAUGACUCUCCUGUCCAAAGGUAAGUUGAAGUGUUUUUGUUUUUGA